ACCUGUCCUAAAGAAUUGAGGUCUAUAAAUUGAUAGGAUCAAUUGAAGUUUUCAACAGAACAAUUCUUAAAAUGCGUGGAAUCUUCUUCCUCAUUCUGAUAUUAAACUUUAUUGGUCUGAUAUUCAGUGUAGCUGAAGAUUGUGCACUCUCAAAACGAGAAGAUAGAUGUGGCAGUAUUUUUGAGGAUCUUACCAAUUGCUAUAAUUCGACGUUCAAAAUGAUGCUAGGAGACUGCCUUGUGACAUGCAAUGCAUGCGAAUCCUACACUUGCAACAACCCACAGCCCGAUACAACUCUCAACUGCACAGCACUUGCUGGUGAAUGUAACUCAGCAUUGUUUAGUGAGCUUAUGAAGGAAAAAUGUCCAGCAACGUGUGGAAAGUGUAAUCGAAAAAAUGCCAAUUUAUGUUCGGACAAGAGCAAACCUGACAUUUGCGUAAACCUAAAGACACUUUGUAAUUCAGUGGAAUUUUACGAUAAACUUUCCGAACAGUGUCCGUCAACUUGCAAUAGAUGUCCGCAUAAUGGAACAAACCCGGAAAAUAAAACUGGAGGAAAUGGAGGAACUGGAACACAAGAAUGUACUGAUUUGGCGAAUGAUUGUUCUUACAAUCAAAACCGAUGUUCCGUAAAAGAAUAUUCUUCACUGAUGCACCGCCUAUGUCCAAAAACCUGCAACGCUUGCAACAUCUGUGAGGAUGCCAACAAAAUGUGCCCGAUUUGGGUGCCUCGGGGAUUCUGUUCGAAAUUUGACCACGAUAAAGUUCAGAAGUCCUGCGCAAAAAGUUGUAACAUUUGCAAAUAGCAUACUACUUUUGAACAUUUACCAAAUUUCAAUGAAGCUUUAUUAAAAACUGA